UUUUGAGACUGAAGUCAAUCCUAGCUGCAACUUUCAAGUUCCAAUGCCAUUGCCAAGCGAUGUCACUGUCAGGGCCACCUGGAGGCGGCCUGCUCUCUCGUCACAAGCCAAUGGUGGGUAAGAACGGCACACUGGGGACUGCGGCUUCGUAGCUAGCCAAGAUAUUAUAGGUGCCAUUUCUAAGUGAGUUGGAGCAAUUCUAGGUGCAGCGGAAGGGAAGGCAGCUCGCUGCCACCGUGCAGUGCAUUGGGAAGCAUGGUGGCUGCCGCUGCAGCAUUGCGGAGCAGCGUGCACCCCUGGCUGACCGCCCCCUCCGCGCCUGCUAGCGGCUGCAGCUCUGGCAGGCCAGCAUUAGGCCGAGCAUCAAAGUCUGCAUGUUCCAGCUGGAUAAAGGAUGGGGCGGCCAGGUGGCGGUCACAGGCGCUGGGCACGGCGAUGGGGCGCCACCGCAGUCGGAGCAUGGUGCGCGUCAGCAUGGUGGCCACGCCAUGGCCAGGCCUGGGCAGGAGGCGCCAUAAUGAGGACUGGCUGUUUGACCCGCUGGGGCUAGGCCCAGCAGGGCGGCCGGCCUUUGAAAGAGAUGUUGCGGGCCACUCAGAGGAGGACGGCCUGCUGGCCCCCCUCCUGCGGCUGGUGGGGGGCAGGGGCCCCAACCGGCCCGCUCCGGAGGGCGCCAGUCCACGCACAGGGGCGCCCCGAGGGGGAAAGGGACCUGAGGACACCAGUAUUGGCUUUGAGGACUUUUUCAAAGGCAAGCUGCCUGGCAAGCUGCUGGAGCUGCUGCUGCUGCUGGCGCUCUCGCGUGUGGGCGUCUACCUGCCGCUGCCGGGGGUCGACGUGGCCGCCUUCGCCGGCAGCAUCGACCAGGAGGGCGUCCUGGGGCUGAUCAACACGCUGUCCGGCGGUGGCAUUGCGCGCGUGGGCGUGUUCUCGCUGGGCAUCGUGCCGUACAUCAACGCGCAGAUCAUCAUCCAGCUGGCCACCACCGUGUUUCCCAAGCUGGGCGACCUGCAGAAGAAGGAGGGCGAGGCCGGCCGCAAGAAGAUCCAAAACUACACGCGCUACGCCGCGCUCGGCCUGGCCCUCGCGCAGGCGGUGUCGCAGGUGCUGUUCCUGAAGCCGUACGCGUACCAGUUCGACUCGGGCUUCUUUGGCGCGAGCGUGCUGGUGCUGACGGCUGGCGCGAUGAUCGAGGUGUUCAUCGCGGACUGCCUGGGCGAGCUCAAGCUGGGCAGCGGCACGAGCCUGCUCAUCUUCACCAACAUCGUCUCGUACCUACCCGCCUCCAUCGGCCGCACCGCCGCCGAUGCCGCCAAGACCGCCAACUGGGGCGGCCUGGCCGCCAUCCUGGCCACCUUCGUGCUGCUCAUCGGGGGGAUCAUCUACGUGCAGGAGGCGGAGCGGCGCAUCCCCAUCAACUACGCGUCGCAGUACCGCGCCGGUCGUCUCUCCACCAAGAGCUACCUGCCCUUCAAGGUGAACGCGACGGGCGUGAUGCCGGUCAUCUUCGCGUCGUCGCUGCUGGUGGCCCCCUCCUCGCUCGCGCGCUUCACUGAUGCCGAGUUCCUCAAGACCCUCGCCGUCGCCCUCUACCCAGGAGGCCCGCUGUACUUGCCGACCAACGUGGCGCUGAUCGGCUUCUUCAACUACUUUUACACGUUCGUGCAAAUGGACCCCACCGAGGUGGGCGACAACCUGAAGAAGGCCGGCGCCAGCAUCCCCAACACGCGGCCCGGCAAGGCCACCGCCGCCUUCAUCGAAACCGUGUUGACGCGCAUGUCCAUAUUGGGGUCCGUGUUUCUGGGCGUGCUCGCCGUGGCCCCUGAGGUGGCGGAGAAUACGACGCACCUGACGGCGUUCCGCGGCUUUGCGGGCACGAGCGUGCUCAUCCUGGUGGGCGUCGCCACCGACAGCGCGCGCAAGAUCCAAGCCGAGCUCGUCUCGCAAAAGUACCUCACCUCCGAGCCGGACACGUAGCGCCAGCCCAGCGGACGCCCGGGCUUGGGGCCGCGAGUGCCGUCAAGCUUGGGCUAAUAGUCUGCUUGUUUCCUGGGGGCGAUUGGGCGUUCCAACGGGGACUUUGCCAACUCUGCAGUUUGACUUGAAGCAAUGUGGCAAUGGUGAUGUGCGGAUUGCACGAGUGGCUAUAGACCGACGAGUGGCUCGUCGACAUGGUGCUUUCGCAGCUUACAGAGCCACUCGAACUUGAUCGAUCCAAGCGGCUUGUGCAACACUGUUGUGGUCUGAACAGAUCCACUACACGGUCGUGUAUAGCUUUUCGAUAGUUGCAUACUAUGAUGCAGAGGCAGUCGGCUGAGGUUGUCCAUGUGAUGUCAUGUCGCUCAUGGGGGCCUCUCGAUGGCUCAGAUUUCCUGCUGAUU